UUUAUGUCAAAUAAAAAAAGCAUAAAACAGAAAGAGAAUAUAUCUAUUGAUAGUAGAUUGAACAUUUUAGAAAGUAGUAUACUUAUAAAAUUUAAGCUAAUUUGAAUAGAGUUUGUAUGUAGCAUGAUGCUUUGAUGCCUAUCGUAAAUGAAAUUCCUCAUGUCUAAAAGUUAGAGUAAUAAAUAAAAAUACUCGUAAAAAAACAAGAAGAACUUGAAAAGUUUAGAGAUAAAUCAAGAGAAACAUCUACGAACACAAGUUUUAGUGAUUUCAAAAAUAAUAGCUAAAAUAAACCCUAUGAAAAACAGUUGAAUGAUUUAACAUUAAAAAUGAACUACUUAGAUAAUCAAUUAUAGGAAUUAUAAAAAAAGAGUCAAGGAAGGGUGGAAUAAUAAUUUAGAAUGGUUUCAGAUACCCAAGAUUUAUAGAGAUUAGAAUAAUUUGUCAAUGAGGAAUUACACAAUUUUAGAAGUGAAGUUCAAUUAGAAUAUAAGAAUAUUUAUAAAGUAUUAACUUAUAAUUUAAUAUAAGGAACUUAAUGGAUUAAGAUGUGAUCUUGAAUAUAUUAUGAAUAAUACCAAAAAAAAUAAAGUCACUUAAAAGAUUUAAUCCAUGAAUGUUGGUCCAGAUGAUAAACUCUUUGUCAUUAAUUUAUUAGAAUAAGAGACCAUCAUUGAAGAAUUAGAUCAUUAUGAAAAUGAAAAUACAUUCAGAUUAUUAUAUGAAUUAGAUUAUUUUGAAUAAUAAAGAGAAUCUAUGUCAACCAUGGAUCCACAACAAACUCAAAGAGAAAGUUUAUAUUUAGAGGAAAAAUUGAUUUCAUUAAAAUAUUAAUUAGCUGCUUCGAAGAGAAAGUAUUUAUUUGAAAUUAAAAAAAUUGAACAUAAAUUUUAAGUUAUUAAUGAAAUUAUAGAAUAGAAUUAGAAAUAUCUCAGCUAUUAAUAACAAAUUCAGACUUUAACAUAGAGAAUGAGUAAGAUUGUAACAAGAGUUCAUUAAAAUAUAGAGUGUAUCUUUUAAAAGAUCAGUUCUUUAGACAAGAGAUGA